AUGAAAUCACAAGAUUCAUCCAAAGAUGAAAAUCAUGAAAUAAACUUUGUAUUGAAUUGUUCUAAAAGGGUUUUAUCAAUUUUUCAAAAUUUUAAAUUUCAUAAUGAUUUAUGUGAAAAAUGUAAUAGAUUUGUUGACCAAGCUAUUAAUAUAUUAGAAGAGAUGAAAAAUUUAUCUGAUAAUAAUAAAAAGGUUAAAUUAAUUGAAAGUAAUGAAUAUAAUCAUUUUAAUAAUUUAAUUUUCGAUAUCGAAUUUUAUUUAAGAAAGUAUGAUCAAAGAACCGCAGUUCAAUCUGAAGUUAAGGAAUCAAUUCAAGAAUUCGCUCUUAAUUUAGAAAGUUGUAUUAACUCUUUUCGACAAGUUUUUGAAGCUGAAAAAUCAAAGAAAACAGGUAUUCAUCGUGGUGCAAAUAAUAUAAGAAAGGGAGUCUUUAUUAAUGAAGAAGUUGCAGAAAAGUAUAUUGGUAACAUUUCGAAAAAGUCUCAUAAAUUCUCUAAAUUUCAGAAAGAGAUUUCUUAUGUCAAGAACCUUUCACGUGAUUGCAAUAAUAUUCUUUCUGUGAAUGGAUAUUUUGAACGUAACGGAUGUUUAUGGGUUGUUGAAGAAUGGGCUGAAUAUAAUCUCUUGAAUUAUUUAAGAGAAAAUUUAAAUUUAGAUUGGAAAAUUAAACUUUCAAUCGCCUGUGGAAUUGCUAAUGCAUUAAAUUAUAUUCAUAAUUUAAACUUACUCCAUUAUAACGUUAAAAUUGAUAAUAUUUUAUUAAAUCAAAAUCUUGAACCAAAACUUCAUAAUUUUGGUAAAUAUAAAGAUAAUGGUUGUAUUUAUUUAAAACCUUUUCAACCUUCAAAUUGGACAGCUCCUGAAAUUAAACGAAAAGAGGAUUACAAUUCAGCAAGUGAAGUUUAUAGUUUUGGCGUUAUUCUUUGGGAGAUUGCUACACAAGAUUGUCAAUCAGAAGAUGAAUUUAUUGAACGAAGAUAUGUUGAUGAUGCACCAGUAAAUUAUCUUACUCUUAUGGGGAGAGCUUUGAAUAAAGAACCACAUAAUCGUCCAACUAUGCAAGAAAUGUUUGAAUCUCUCCAUCAAUUAAAAUCUUCUUAUAACGUACGAUAUCAAAAGAUACCUUUAGAAAGAAAUAUGUCAAAUACGAAUUCUAUUGCUUCCAAUUCAUCCGAAGAUUCUCCCAUUUUAAAUGAUGAAUCAUGUAUUACAUCACGUGCAAAUUCUAUACCAACUUCCCCAACUUUAUCAUCAGAUGAUGGUUGUAAUUCAACAUUCAUCAAUGAGAUUAUUGAUGUGCCAACUUCUCCUACUUCAUUAUCAGAUGAUGAUUGUAAUUCAGCACCAACCAUUAAGAUAAUCGAUAUAGAAAAAGAUUUAGAACAAGCAAUUAAAUUUCACGAAAAUCGUCAUUAUUCUAAAGCAUUCAAAUUAUUUAAUGAAUGUAAUCGAAAAAAUCCAACAUCAAGUAUAGCAAAAUAUUGGAUAGGAUUAUAUUAUUACAAAGGGUAUUAUAAAGUAACAAAAUCAUCCCAACAAUCUAUAAAAUUAAGUUUAAAAUAUUUUGGUGAAGCAGCAAAAUUAAAUCAUCCUGAUGCUCAAUAUUAUUAUUCACGUAUAUUAUUGAAUAAUCCUUCAACAGAUUCUGAAGAAAAUAGGUUUCAAAUUGCUUUAGAUUUUUUGAAAAAAGCUUCAGAUCAAAAUCAUCCUCCUAGUAUGAGAUGGUUAGGUAAAAUAAUGAGUAAAGGUGAAUUCGGUUGUAAAAAAGACAUUGAAACUAGUAAAAAAUUAACCGAUCGAUCCAGAAGAAUGAGUAAAGGUAGCGCUGAAAGUCGAAAUGUUAAUAUUUCAAACGGAUCUACGACGACUCUUAAAAGCAAUGUUAAUGUUAAACAAAAGAAAAGCAGAGCAUUAUCAAACCCUACAGCAACUUCAAGAUCUAUUAUCACUUCUAAUCAAGCAUCGAAGCGAAAUUCUACAUUAUUUGGAAAUACGACAUUAACCGUGAAUACUAAUAAAACAAGAAAUAGACAUAGCACAUUAUUUUAA